CUCUUCUGGUAAGUUUCAAGAUGGCCGCGCCGCGUGGCGACUUACAGAAGAAUUUAAACGCCGGUUUCACUGAAUUUACAACCUCAGAUGCGACGCAAGACACUCAGGACGAGUUUGAAAGAAGCCAUACUCCUGGUUUUGGGCAUGAUGUUGACAGUACCUCAAACAACCUCCAUGGCAUCCUGGAGCCCUCUAUUUUAUCCAUCUUUGAGGACACAUCCCCCUCCGGAGAGGUGAAGAACCGGAUAGAUGAUGAAAGUGAGGCUACUCUGCUGUCUGCGCUUUCAGAGAUGUUGGACAGUGUGAUUGAGGACACCUUGUCACCCUUCGACACACUGCCUGACACUGAACUUUUUGUGAGUCAAAGGAGUCACGACUCCAAGUUCAGAAGAUCAUCUGACAAAGAUGCAGCUCCUCGCAUAACCAGAUCCUCGCGCUCAUCAGUAUCAAACACAAAAGCAGAGGUCCUGCUUUCAGACAGGCAAUUGAGGCCAAGGCUCCACCAGAGGAUCCAAACAACAACCGUACAGAGAAGUGAUGGUGAGGAGGAGGACCUCACUGAGUCCAGAAGACGCCCUAUAAGAUCCUUCAGGAUUGAAUCUGACCCAGAACUGUCUCAGGAUGAGCAGCAGGAUGGAUAUGUGCUUGUAUCACUGGCAGAUCUUGUCAGGCACAUGCAUCCAUACAGCCUCAGGGUGGGUCUGGUUAAGGAAGAAAGUGUCAGGGAUGUCUGCGAGCUGCAGGAGGAGGACGUGUUUGUGGAUGUUGUGGGUGAUGAUGAGCUGGAGGACAUGCAUGGCACUAACAUGCCUGGGUUUAGUCCAGAGCAGGAAUUUCCCCAUCCACAAACCCCUGCUGCAGUUUCUAAAUCCAAGAUAGGUCUUGAUAAGGAAAUCUCAGUGGCAAGGUCAAAGGAGGUGUGCUCUUCAAGUUGUGCAAAACAGAACAACAAUGACGUCAGUGAUGAGAAACCUCACAAGAGUGCGUUAGCCACAGCUGGCAGUGCUGGAAGAGUGAAGAAAAAAGUUAGCUUUGCCCCUGAUCUAGCAUCAGUUCAUGAAUACCAGCCUGAAGAUGAAGCAUCUGAAUGUGACUGGUCAGAUACCCCAACCCCAGAAGAGCUUAAAACGGCAGAUUGUGAUUUCACAACCGCAACCUCAGACAGGAACUUCACUGGAGCGUCAACAAGCACACCUUCUAAACAUAGCAAUGCAAAACCGAAAUCUAUCAGUCUGCAGGAGUACCGUCUCCUUAGAGGGAAGACACUUCCAAAGGAAGAGAGAAAGAUGGACUACAGGACCAAGUGGCCCUCAGUACCUGAACCCCCCUGUGAACUGCCUCCCAUCCCUUGUAUACCAGGUUACAGCCCACCUCAGGUUAACUCCAAAACCUCAUAUGUUAAUGCCAGAGUCUCUACUUCAGGCUCACCAACCAAGGCCAGAAGAAAUCUUCACAUGCCUGUUAAAUCGCCUUCAAAGCGGAACGCUGUGCAAGCUGUUGACCCACCAAAUCCUGUCAUUGUGCCCCUUCCAACACUAGUUCCCAUACCUGCCAAGACCUCAUCUUCAUCUGAAGAGCAAAGUGUUAUGAAAACUGCUGCGAACAGCCAGCCCACACAUUUAAACCCUCAAUUGCAAUCUACUGCAUCCCAAACUUCUGAAAAUCUGAAUCAGCCUGAGUCUCAUAACCAAGAGACACUUUCUUGUGGAAGUUCUCCACUUGCUGAAGUACCACAGGCAGAGUGCUCCUCAACAAUUAUCGGCACCACUAAAACAAAUGCCUGUGCUCAGUCUUUACCCACUACGGGCAGAUUAUCACAGACAUCUCGGAGACGACUCCCUCUGCAGAUACCCUCAAAUGUCAGAGAUCACUGUGCAGAGGAGCAAAGCCAGGAAUCUACAGGUGAAAUAGGAAUACAAGCUACUGAUGUAACCAGUCUUUUGGAGCAAUUUGAGACACAAGGACUCACCCCUCCUGCCACACCUCCCCAUCAAAUUUGGAAGCCCCUAGCGCCUGGUCACAGGGCAAAGCAACACAAAGCCAUCAAACCAUCUCCCAGCAAAGCCAUCCAAAUCAUUGAACCUCGGCCAUUGCCCCCUAGCAGGGUUCACUCAAAGCCCCAACAGUCUACCUCUGUACCUGCUCCAAGCUUGUUUCUAGCGUUUAGGGACCAUGACUACUGCGGAACUCAGGAGAUGAAAGACCGCAGCGUGAGGUUAUUUUCAGCCAUAGAUGCGCACAAAAAAUCUCUUAAAGAGCAAAGGAGUCACACAAGCCAUAAAUCACUGGACCACAGGACUUUUUGUGAAGAGGAACAUCUUCCUGGCUCAGUUCUCUUGUCUCCAGAGAGCUCCCCCUGCAGGCUAGAGGAAGGCAGUGCAGGUGCAGUUGAAGAAGCAGAAGCAGAUUCACAACGGUCUUUUCACCACUCCUCCCGCUCUGCAAGUCCUCCAGCUAGGGGCAGGACAAGGAGAAGGCACUACCGUGGUAGUUAUCAUCAUUCUGACUCAAGUUCAGUGUCAUCUUCCCGGUCCUCCUCCUGUUCUUCCUCAGCCUCCUCUUCAUUAUCUCCUUCACCACCCAGAAAGAGGCGAAGAUCAAGGCAUUCCAAGAGCAGCGCAAGCUCCUCAUCUCGAUCCAGUUCUUCUUCUUUGUCCCCUUCUCCAAUUCGCAAGAGGCAGCGUCGCUACACUCGAUCAUCCAGAUCCUACAGUCGCUCCCGGUCCCGAUCCUGUUCCCGCUCCUACUCCCGAUCCAGAUCUCGCUCCCGGUCCAGAUCCCGCUCUCUCUCCCCUCAGCCAGACUGGAGGAAUAAGUGGAGUCGGUGGAAAAGACAGAGAGAACAUUAUCGUCAAGACCGAUGGGAAGAGGCCUGUAGGAUUCGCAAGCAGAAAGCAAUUGAUGAGCGCAGGGUUGUGUAUGUGGGAAGAAUACGUGGUACUAUGACUGAGGAUGAGCUCAGGGAUCGUUUUGCUCUUUUUGGAAAGAUUGAGGACUGCACUGUCCACUUCAGAAGCCAUGGGGACAACUACGGAUUUGUUACAUAUUACAACACAGACGACGCUUUCGCUGCCAUAGAGAACGGGGUGAAGCUAAGGCAGCCAGACGAGCUCCCCUUUGACAUCUGCUUUGGUGGGAGAAGACAAUUCUGUCAGUCAAAUUAUGCGGAUUUAGAUGCAAAUCGUGAUGUUGACUCAACCUCAGUAAAGAAGAAUUAUGAUUCACUUGACUUUGACACGCUGCUGAAGCAGGCCCAGCGAGGGGUAAAGAGGUAGCCCUGUGGGUCCCUCUGGAGGAUGAAGGGAUGGAGAGAAGGAGAAGAAAUAAGUGUGGAGUGUGAUGGAAAGAGACCAGCACUACCUCAGAUCUCCCAAAGAGCUUGCACUUAUUGGCACUAAAUUUUGCUUUUAUGUAGCUUUCAUUUUUUGAUUUUAAAGUUAACAAACCUUCUGUUGAAGUGAGCCUUUAAUAGAGAUGAAAAAAAAGUUUGAAGUGUAUAAAAAUAGAAAAGCAUUAAAGAUAAAAAAAAUUACUAUCAUAAUUGAAAUAUUGUCUGUAUUUGAAUUUUGUUUGAAACAUAAUACCUGAUAUUUGUAUGUAAUAAUUUGGAAAACAUUUGGAAUGAAAGUGCUUUUCCAACUUGAAUUAAAAAUGUUCAUGCUUGAACUUGA